AGGUGGAUAUGGAGGCGGUGGAGGAAUCAUAGAACACCAUGGUGGCGGAGGAUUUGGAGGCGGAGGCGGUGGAUACGGAGGUGGAGGCGGUGGAUAUGGAGGUGGAGGCGGAGGAUUCGAUGACCACCACGGUGGUGGAGGAUUUGGUGGUGGUGGUGGUGGUGGUGGUUUUGAUGAUCAUCACGGUGGAGGAGGAUUUGGAGGCGGAGGCGGAGGCGGAUAUGGAAGUGGUGGCGGUGGAUUCGAUGCACACCGCGGUGGAGGAGGAUUUGGAGGCGGAGGCGGAGGCGGAUAUGGAAGUGGUGGCGGUGGAUUCGAUGCACACCACGGUGGAGGAGGAUUUGGAGGUGGAGGCGGAGGCGGAUAUGGAGGUGGCGGUGGUGGAUUCGAUGAUCACCAUGGUGGUGGAGGGUUUGGAGGAGGCGGUGGAUUCGGUGGUGGUUAUGGUGGUGGCGGUGGCGUUGAGCACCAUGCUAUUAGCAAUAGUAUAUCGUCAGGAUUCGGCAGCAGCGGACAUGGCGGCGGUGGUGGCGGUUUUUCAGGCUACCAUAAGAAAAAAUAACGAUCGAUGGAUUAAAAACUGUAGUAUUUACGAUCGUAUUUGACCGACUUCUGAUAUCGAAACGAUCAAACGUGCCGUGUUUUCAGCGCGCGAUUGUUAACAUCACGUGAUCCUCGAUCGUGAACCGUCACAGCACUGCCAGUACAUAACAGAAUGCCGAUUCGAAACGAUCGUUCCGAUUUCCCCUCAUUCUCGACGAUCGACUUGUUUUCCCUCUCGUCAAUAUACUUCGAGAGACUCCAUUUGUCAUUUUCACUUUCGUUUUUAGAUGCACGGAUUUUAUAUUAUCCUGUGAUGUUGCAGAGGAAAUGGAAAGUUUUAGAAAUUCGAUCGAACAAAAUUAAUAUAGCCAUACGAUGUAGUGUCCGAUUUAGCGCGCCAAGUGAAAUCGUAAUAAAAAGAAAAGAAGGUUAAUUUUUUUUUAAAAUAAUAGAAGAAUUUUCAAAAAAAUUUAAUUAACGAGGAAAAAGUGAAGGAAAUGAAAUUAAUGAAUAAUUUUUUUCUUCUUUUAUAAUUUAAUCAUUCGAAGAUUGAUCAUUCAUCUUAUCAUCACAAUUCCGUCCAAUGUUUUAAUGUAUAUGUUUUGCA